GUAAUUGAAAUAGAGCCUACAUGUAUUAUUCGCGAAGCUAGCAACUAAUAAAAAAAAAGAAACUUUAAGGCGAUAAAAAUAGUUAUUUUGUAGCAAAUGUCAAAACUUGGUUUGAUGUGGACGAUCAAGAUUCUAAUGACCUAGAGCUCGUGCCUCGUUUUCGGUUUUGUGAAGGGCGGGGAUCAGCUUUGCUGUUGUCUGUCUACCUGCUCUGACAGCGCCAAGCUAGCAAGUGGCUAACUGAACGCCUACGCUAGUUCUGUGUAUCGUAGCUACUGUUUUUGUUUUUGUACUCACCCCUCGUUCGUUGUUCUUUGCGUAAGAUGGUUGUUUUGACAAAUAAUAAUGAGGAACAGGAUAUUAUCCUGAUAGAAGAGCGCAAAUGCACCUCUUUGCCCAACUCCCCAGCCAAACGUGUGUCUCCAACCAAGAAGAAACAGUUCUUCAUCAACCAGGCCAUACGCAACUCUGACCUCACACCAAGAGCCAAAGGCAAAAAGAGCCAAAGGCGGCAGGAGAACAGUCGCUACCUUGCCAAUCUACUUGAAAAAGAUGAGUGCUCCAAAGACGAGGCAGAGGUAUGCAGUGACCCUGCCCUCCCUUCCAUCUUUACUGAGGCCUGCACCAAUGGCAACUACGUGGAGCAAUGGAAUGACUUCAUGAAUCGCUCUGGAGAGGAGCAGGAGAAGCUUCUGGCCCUUCUGGAAGAGGAGGCCAAGAGGAGCAACUCCAACAAGCUCCCCAAGGACCAGAGAGAGGCCUUCACUGCUCAAGACUACUUCCAGAGGAUUGAUCGAAGGCUGCGUGCUACGCUGAAACGCAAACAAAUUCCCAUUGGGACACUUGAGGUACUUGAAGAGAACCUUCUCAGUUUCUUUGGUGCUCAGCCUCACUCUGUUUACACCACCAACCUUGGAAGCAGCUUUGAGAGGCUACUGCUUCAUGCCGUCUGCCAGUACAUGGACCUUGUUUCAGCAAGCUCAGACUGCAACGGUGCUCGUCAAACUGAUGUCAUGAACAAACAGGAGGGCUUGUUCCAGCCUCCCAGCCCCAUGCUCUCUGCCUACCUGGAGCACAUGAGCUGAGAGACGGUCACACCGCUGGACAGAUGGGCCUGGUUCCAUUUCACUCCCUAGCCCCAUAAGUGCAGACUUGAAAGGUACAGAUAGGCUUAAGUUAGUGUGUAUAUAGGAGUACUCAAAUCCGAUUCUGGAAGUCCAGAAUACUGCUGGUUUGAUGUCACUGAUUAGCCAGAGAUUCCACUCAACUGGUAUCAAAAAUCUGAAUACGUCCAUGAUUUGUUAUAAUGAAAAUCAGCAGUGUUGCUAACAUGGCUGUCCACAUUUACGUAAGUUGUGUUGACUACCUAGUCCACUCAAGUGCUUUGUGGAUGUCAUAUCGCUCUUAACUAUCCAAUCCAAUCUUCAUCUAUCUGUGAACUUAAAAUUGAUGGCCACCAGGGUAAGGGGGCAGAGAUCAGAAUAAAACUGGGCCAGAGAGGGAGUAUGCAGUUCACCUACUGUGUUUGUACUGAUGAUUUAAUUAGCCACGUUGAAUUGAAAAAUAAAACAGCUUUAGUGGUAGGACCGGGCUUAAAACCCUUGAACCUUUUCAUGCAACUUGAGAGUGCAGAAAUACCGUGAUCGGGAACUAUUCUAUAGCACAGAACUCAUCACUAUGAUAAUUUAUCAAUGUAUAUGGCUUUGGAGGUAUAUCUAUGGCUUUUGUUACUUCUCCUGGUAAAAAAAAAAAUACUUGCAAACUCUCUUGGAACAAUAUUCUUAUUCUUGCAAAAAUAUAAGUCUAUCCACAAAGAUAUUGGUCACUUUCCGAUUUGACUUUGCAUGAUUGUGUUUUAUUUGGGGGAGAAAACUUUUCAAUUGUUUUGUCAAAGAUGUACACCAUUUGGCAGCUUUUUAUACUUGCAUGCAUAGAUAGACCUUGUGUUCUACUGUACUGAAUGCAGGUACAUUGUUAUUCUCCCAUUCUUUACAUUAUUUAGCAAAUUAUAUAAGUUUACCAUCUGACAAUGAAACAGGUCAACUUCAAAAAAUGUAUUUACAGCUUCUUCAUAGACUUUUUCAACAACUAUUUGGUUUGGAAUGUCUAAUCAAAAGUACUGUACCGAUAAUAUGCAGUACUAAUGAGUUAAUAUAACACAACCUUCUUACUGGACAGCAAACCUGCUCUGUGCUUUGCCUCUUAGGCACUUUUUUCUAUCAUAAACCACCCCUGGACUAGCACUUUUGCCUUACGAAUGCAUUCCUGGAACUUUCAAUAAAUUCCCUGCUUUUCCAGAAAUCCUGGCUGAAUGGAUUCAGAUUUCCUGCUUAUUCCCUCCUGAUACUGGGAAUCCUCCAACUGAGAUUUUGGGGAAAAACAGAAUUUAUUGAAAGUUCCAGGAAUUUUGGCAACCCUAUUUCUAUGUAUUUGUGUAUGUAUUUAUACAUUUAUACUAAUGACUUUUUGAAAGCAUCCAUCCAGGUUAUUUAAAAUAUCCAUAACUUUAUUUGUACUAUCAAAAAUGGUAUGAAGAAACUUGACCUGCCGGUGCAUCUGUAUCGAUAACCAAAGUUUGUUGUGCCCGUACAUUUAGUUUCUCAGGCUUUCAGCCACUCACUAUGAAUGUCUUUUGUGAUUUCACAAGUAAUGUAUGCAUACGAGAAGCUUAACUUCUUUUGAAUAUUACAACCAACAACCCUCUACUGUAUGUAGUGGUGCAAUGUUUUUGUCAACUUUGUCGCUUGUUUAUUACUAGUAGUGCUGUAAAUAUUAAGCCCCAACAUUAAUUAAUUGAACUCAUGUUCAAUGUGUGCCAACACAGGAUAGGAAAAGUUAUGUUUCUGCGUAGUAUUCUCUUAGCUUUUUACAGUGAUAUGAAUGGAUGUUUCCUUCAAUGAUUGUUUGAUGCAAGAGUGUAUAUCUUAAGUAAUGUCCGUACAUAAUUAUAUCAGUCAACAAAUGAUAAUAUAGUAGUUUAGUUUGUAAACGUUUAUCCUAUUGUCUAAGUAGUUGGUUGCGUAAUCCUUACUGAAAGUGCCGAAAACCAUGUCUGAAUAGACACAUUUUAAUAAAUCUUAACUCAAGUGUUCAAUGACUCGAUUAUUUAAUCGUCGAUUCAGACACUAUUUCAUGAACAUCUUAAUGUACAGUAUAUCCCUUAAUUUUGCAUUUGGAACGUUAAAUGGACAAAUGGUAGUAGCAAUGAUGGAGCAGUAUGAUGAUGCAGUGUGACUCCCUGACAAUUUUUACAUUUAAUGUUACUGCUUGAUGGACACUUAAUAUGUAAUAAAAAAGUGAUUGCACGGGA